AAACCCAUCAAAGAGUCAAAAUGGAAAUGCUUGCACGGAAGUAACUCUCACCUCUGCCAUUCGAAGCAUUCUUUUCCCUAAAAAAAUGUUUUUUUUCAUCGCGCUUUAACUUAAAAUACAUCAAUAAGUUGCGAAAUGUAACGGUUUUAAAUGGUUCAAUACCUUGAUGAGAAGUGAGAAAAGUGCUCGUAUUUGUUUUAGCUUUCUUCACAUCGAAAGCUGCCAUUGUUUUGGACAUUAACGUAGUAUUUUAUAAUUUCUUGAUAUUACGUUAUUGAUAUUUCUUGAUUUCUUAUUAAAGUCAAAAUGCACCGGAGAGGCGUCGGGGCUGGCGCCAUCGCCAAAAAGAAGCUAGCCGAGGCCAAAUAUAAAGAGAGAGGAACUGUUCUUGCAGAGGAUCAAAUAGUUCAGAUGUCCAAGCAGCUGGACAUGUUCAAGUCCCACCUGGAAGAGUUUGCCAGCAAGCAUAAACAGGAAAUCCGCAAGAGUUCCCAGUUCCGGGUCCAGUUUCAGGAGAUGUGUGCCACUAUUGGAGUUGAUCCGCUUGCCUCCGGCAAAGGUUUCUGGUCAGAGAUGCUUGGCGUGGGCGACUUCUACUAUGAGCUCGGCGUGCAGAUUAUUGAGGUUUGCUUGGCCCUCAAGCACAGAAAUGGAGGACUCAUCACUUUGGAUGAACUCCAUCAUAGGGUGCUUAAGGGACGCGGUAAAUACGCUCAAGAUGUCAGCCAGGAUGACUUGGUUCGAGCCAUCAAAAAACUUAAAGUCAUGGGCAAUGGCUUCGGGAUGAUUCCGGUGGGUGGCUCCUACUUGGUACAGUCCGUCCCAGCGGAGCUCAACAUGGACCACACAGUGGUUCUGCAGCUGGCCGAAAAGAAGGGCUACGUGACGGUGAGUGAGAUCAAGGACAAUCUCAAGUGGGAGAAUGAGCGAGCGAGUCACGUCCUGGACCACCUGCUAAAGGAGGGCCUUGCCUGGCUGGACUCUCAGGCAAGUGGCGAGCCGGAGUACUGGCUGCCCGCGCUCUUCUCCGAGCUCACCUCGCGUGAUGUCACGCCCGAGGAGGCCAAUCAGAUGAGCCCCUGACCAAAUUGUGGAUGGGUAUUUAUUAGCCCGUACUGUCACAGUGCAAGGGGGUGGAGGGGUGUUUAGGGCACGUGUGUAUGUACAAAUUAUGUCACUACCCCUAAAAUCAGUCACACCUUCAAUUGGUGAAAAUUCACAAUAUUCUCAGCUACUUCUUACUCUUUCUUACACUGCUUCUCUUUAAGAUUAAGAAAACCUUUAUUAGUCUCGCAAUGGAGAAAUUCCAGAUUCACAGCAGCAAAGUUAUGAAAGGAAGAAGUAGAACAACAAAAAAAUAGGAGCUGCUGGAAAGGCAGCCACUCUCGCGGCGCCAUUUUGAAGCUUCUAUUAGCUCUCAGUACUGCCCAGCCAAAUCUGCGAUAUAGCGGGGAAGCACUGUCAUGUCUUCAGAUUAACGUCAAUGCGAUCAAGAAUGGUUGAGCCUUUUGUUUUUAUGGCCGCACUUUAUUGUCUAAAAAUCAUCUCAUGAAUAAAAAUAAAUUU